CAACCACCCUGUUCACCCAGAACCCCCUUUCCAAAGCUAAUCCAGAUAUUGAACGUCAGUACUAACCCAAAUAUUGUCGAGUACGCCCGCCAAAUGGCUGUCGCUGGGCUCUAAAUCUCCUUGCUGGGGGGGCAUGGUCUCCAUGCUCCUCCAGUCCCCGAGAAGUCCAACGAGGAACAAUCUACUUGACUCGACGAUAUUUGCGAAACUCUUUCGGCCGCCGCUUCCAGCGUCGAAAUUGCCCCUACUACGAUCAUAAAAGAAAAGAGCACGACGUCCACAAGGGUUGGAGUUUGUUAAUGCUAUCGGAUCUCUCUCGAUUACUCCCCCUCUAUAUCCCUCUCUCUCUCUCUCUUUCAUUUUUUUUUUUCUUUGCUUCAAUUGCUUCACACCGCCUUAUCCUCUUUUCGAUAGCUCCUCUUACUCUUGUAUUUCACCAUCCUCUCCGCCCCGCGCACCUCGAUUUCACCCUAUAACUACACCUAUCGCUUUCGGAUACGUUUUAUCACGACAAGAUCCUCCAACAACACAACACUAGAGCCUUGCAUCUAUCCGUCCCUUGCAUCAUGCCUAACUCCGAAGCUUACCAACAAAGGCCAUUUGCUUCCGCGAGUGCUCGUUCCGGAAGACCCCGCUCUUCUGGAGGAGAUACUGGCGCCUGUCCUCCCCCUUCUGUCCUCCUCGAUACACCAAACGCCGGGCUUAUUUCCCCCUCGAGCCAAACGAAGAAGCAAGACCUUCAACAGCCAAAGACACCGCUGUUUAAAGAUUUAAAUAAUACUAAUCCAAAAAAUAACAAGAGAAAGAGGCCCUCAUCCACUUCGGAUGACUCCUCUUCUUCAGACACCGCCGAUUUUGACCACGAGGAAAGUGACGAUGAUAACGCUGAAGACGAUGCGGAAGAAGAUGCUGAAGAAGAUGAGCCGGCAGCUUUUGCCCCGUCUUAUGGUGGAAAAGGAAGAAGUAACCGUAAGGCGGGGCUUAAACUCGGCCCAUCGUACCUGAAAAAUGGAAAAAGGUUGAAGAUCGAGAAUGAUCGCACUGGCGGCGAAGUCGCCAGCGAAGAAGAAUAUAUGGCCGGUUCAGUCAGCUCUGUUUCCUCCGUCAGUUCCGUCAGUGCUGACGGUUCUGUCGUGUGUGAAGACUCCGAUGCAGACUACGAGGGGGUGUGCUACGUCACAGAUGGCGAUGAUGAGGAUUUAGAGGUUGAGAAACUUGAAGAGGAGAUGAUAUUGGAUGAGUUUCAGCGCGACCGUCCUAGCGUAGGAAUGAGAAGCCUUGGGGACGAGUGGAGUGGAUUCGAUGAUCUUGAAAGUCGACCUCUAUACUCUGCUGGCUCAUUUUUCGAUGAUGAAAUUCUUUCACCAGAUAAUAACACUCAAUUUGUCAUCAACUUUGGUUCUGAUACCCCACCUUGCGAUCUUCCUGCGUCAAGGCGCGUUCAUUUUGCCGAAUCUGACGGUGACUCGUCAGAUUCAGAUCAAACCUCUGAUGACGAGCUAGUCUCGGAUUUCUUACAGCAAGAUAGCCUUGACCCUGAUUUGAGACGCAUGAUCGAGAACGAUGGUGAUGCACGCAGGACCACCCGGAGCUCGCACGACCUUUUUUCGAGCCAUGAUUUCUAUGAGCUCCCGAGCAAUAUUUACCAUGUCGAAUCCGAUAGUGAUUGUAAUAGUUUCUCCAGCGGUUAUGAAUCCGAUGGCGGGGAAACUACGGACGAAGAGGACUAUCCUCCACCUGCGACGAUAACCCAUCCCAGAUCAAUCCUUCGUCGUGAUUCUAGUGCUUCACCGUCACCAGAUGAGGAAGAGGAAAACCAACGGCCACAGUCAUCUCGUAGACGUGGACCCCUUCGGGGAACAUUCAUAGCUGAUCCACAUAAGCCCGUUGCCGUCGUAGCUCCCAACGGCAAGCAACUUAUUCUGAUUCCCCCCUACGCUUCUUAUCGACAUGACUGGCUCGAAUCAGCAGCGAAUAGCUUGGCAAACACCGCUGCCAAUAGUCCUCAGCCUAUGGAUGAUAGUGACACUGAUGUCCAGUCCACUCAUGCUGAAUGCAAGGUUUUCAGCCCCAUGUUGGCCAUCACUCCGAGCCUUGUGAAGACUGGCUUAGUUGGCAACGAUCCCGCUCUUCAGAUGACAGGGCCACCCGAGGCAUUUUAUGCUGAUCGGGCAUAUCUUCUCCAAGCGAUUGAAGACGAAGAAGACGACGAUGACGAUGACGACGACAGCGAAGCGGCACUUAACGUUGAUGAUUUUAUCGAUUUCGGGGAUGGCUCUUCAGACUGCGAGGCUGGUAAGACGUUGGAUGAUGCUGAUGAAGUAACAUCUCCCGCCGUUGCUCCAUCCGUCAACGUCGACUUAACCCCCACCCCGAACCGAACCGCUGAAGUUUCUCAAGCGAACAGCGCCGAACGUCUUCUGAACCACCUCGACCGCGGGAUCGUUACUGCCUUCCGUCGAAAUCAUACCCGCUAUCAGACUCUGAUCCGUUUGCCACAUCACCGGGAGUUCAUGCCGGCCAACUCACCCUCAAGCCUUUCAAGUGCUUUCAGACGUUCCAAAUUGACCGACUCGCGAACCCCGCCACGUCGACGUAAAACAACCAGCUACUUUGGUGGAGAAGCAGUUAGAAGGAAACUGCUCGAUUCUCAUCGGAGAGAAACCACUACAACAUGAUCGAUCCUCAUCAAAAAACCACCCGCUUCGAGUGCGACGAACGCACCCUAAUAUCUUGACAGUCUGGCCAGAAAUUUUGGAACGCAGUGUUCGGACAAAGCCCACGGUUGGAACAUCACCUCUUCCUACUUGUCUGAUCUACCUGAUAUGUCUUGGAGUAUCUGUCAUUUUCCCCAUAGAUUCCCUUCUAUUUCUGAAAGAGGAUAAUAUGGUGAGUGGCUGCGAUAUCAAAAGACUGAAGGGAAAAAGAAAAAUAAGUAAAAAGAGAAAACACAAUCUAUGUGUAUGUGUUGAUUAUGCACGACACCCUUGCUAAAAGCAGAUAGCACCAUGUGCUUUUAUUUUUGGCAUGUAUCUGCUCAUGCAUGAGUGUGUCUGUGAAAUGAAUUUCCUUUAUUUUGCCGAGUACAUGCAUGAUUUAUGGAUUUUAUUAUUUGAUGCUGUUUGGCUUUUUUUUUUUUUUUCCCUUGUUGUAUCCUCUUUAUUCUUAUUUUUGAAAACUUGAUUAUUAUGCAGGUUUAUACUCAAAGCCCCUCUCCGGAUAUAUCAUUAUUCCAUAGCCAGGAGCAGCGCUGAAUUGAACGCCUUUAUGUGUCCAUCUCGUGCAUGAAAUGCUUUGCUGCGCCCUGCCCUGGCAAUUUCACACCUCCUUCUCCCUGGGCCGAAACGCAAUCCCUGACUCGAAGCCAAGAACCAGACUUUUCCACACAUGAAUGUUUGAAGUGUCCAUGCUUUUUUCACCCCCCGUUUUUCCCUGCCUUCUGGUUUUGAGUUCGUGGCGUGCGUGGCUUUCCCCUUAUCGGUGUGGUUAUCUGGAAGUCGGGGUACGAUCCCGGCUUUAUUGUUACCAAACGA